CCCGAGCAGCAGCGCCCAGUGCAGCCCUCCUUCACCAAGUCUCUCUGUCGUGAGUCGCACUGGAAGUGCCUGUUGCUGUCACUGCUCAUGUACGGCUGCUUGGGAGCCGUGGCCUGGUGCCAUGUCACUACGGUGACUCGCCUCACCUUCAGCAGCGCCUAUCAGGGCAACAGCCUCAUGUACCAUGACAGUCCCUGCUCCAAUGGCUAUGUCUACAUCCCCCUGGCCUUCUUGCUCAUGCUCUAUGCUGUCUACCUCGUGGAAUGCUGGCACUGCCAGGCCCGCCACGAGCUGCAGUACCGUGUGGACGUGGGCAGCGUGCGAGAGCGUGUGGGUCGCAUGCAGCAGGCCACGCCAUGCAUCUGGUGGAAGGCCAUCAGCUACCACUACGUACGCCGCACCCGACAGGUCACCCGUUACCGAAACGGGGACGCCUAUACUACCACGCAGGUGUACCACGAGCGCGUGAACACGCACGUGGCGGAGGCCGAGUUUGACUACGCGCGCUGCGGCGUCCGCGACGUGUCCAAGGCGCUGGUGGGGCUGGAGGGCGCGCCGGCCACGCGCUUGCGCUUCACCAAGUGCUUCAGCUUCGCCAGCGUGGAGGCCGAGAACGCGUACCUGUGCCAGCGCGCGCGCUUCUUCGCGGAAAACGAGGGCCUGGACGACUACAUGGAGGCGCGCGAGGGCAUGCACCUGAAGAACGUGGACUUCCGCGAGUACAUGGUGGCCUUCCCGGACCCGGCGCGCCCGCCCUGGUACGCCUGCCCGUCGGCCUUCUGGGCGGCCGCCCUGCUCACGCUCUCCUGGCCGCUGCGCGUGCUGAGCGAGUACCGCACGGCCUACGCCCACUACCACGUGGAGAAGCUCUUCGGGCUCGAGGGCGGCGGCGGCUCCAGCCCCAGCGGCGACGAGCCCCUGCCCGCGCUCACGCACCGCCUGCCCCGGGUCAACACGGUGGACAGCACGGAGCUGGAGUGGCACAUCCGCUCCAACCAGCAGCUGGUGCCCAGCUACUCCGAGGCCGUGCUGAUGGACCUGGCCGGGCUGGGGACGCGCUGCGGCGGGGGCUACGCGCCCUCCUGCCGCUACGGCGGCGCGGGGGCCGCGGGGGCCGCCCCGUACCGCCGCAGCUGCGAGCACUGCCAGCGCGCCGUCAGCAGCUCGUCCAUCUUCUCGCGCAGCGCGCUCAGCGUCUGCGCCAGCCCCCGCGGCGCGGGCGGGCCCGGGGGCCCGGGGGGCGGCGCGGGCGGCGGCGGCAGCCGCUUCUCGCUGGGCCGCCUCUACGGCUCCCGCCGCAGCUGCCUGUGGAGGAGCCGCAGCGGCAGCGUCAACGACGCCAGCUGCCCCACGGAGCAGACGCGCCUCUCCAGCCAGGCCAGCGUGGGCGGCGGCGACGACGAGGACGAGGACGAGGACGAGGAGGGAGGGCCCCCGCCGCCCUACCACGACGCGCUCUACUUCCCCGUGCUCAUCGUGCACCGGCAGGAGGGGUGCCUGGGCCACAGCCACCGGCCGCUGCACCGCCACGGCUCCUGCGUGGAGACUUCACUGUGACCCUUCCCUCCCCCGGCCGCCGAGAGGGCGGGGCGGCCUUCCCGCCACACUGUCCGAGGGACCCCAAGCCGAGGCGCGCUGGGGGGGGGGGGGGGGGGAUGUGUGCGUGUGUGUGUGUGUGUCUGCGCGGGGGAGGGGAGACCGACCCAGGAUCCAGAACCAUCCCGGCCAAAGCGGCCCCUCCGACCCCGGGCAAACCCUGGCUUUCCAAGGGCAUUAAGCGGCGAAGCCUCACCCGAAUGGGCUUGGGACCCAGCCUUUCCCCAGCUCUUCCGACUGUUACAUGGGGUCCCGGAUCUCCCCCUUCCGCUCGCUCCCCCACCCCCUCCCCUGUGGGCCUCCUCCGGGGCCUUAGGCCCGAAAGAAAGGGCUUCCCCUCCCCCGCCCUCCCCUUUGGGGUCCGAGAACUCGGCGGAAGGAAAGGGUUCCCGAGUGGAUGUGAGUGGGUCUCAGCACUCUGGACAUCCCUCCUUCAAUUCCAUGGGAAAUUCUGAGAUCCCCCCUCUCUGGCCGCUUCCCGCCCUCCCCCACCCCAGGCCGUCUCUUUUCUGCCCCUCUCUCUCCUCGAAACCCCCUGUUUGUCUUUGUGGCCCCAGGAGUCCCGGUCCCCAGAGGGACGCUCCUCCCAAAGACAUUUCCUACCUUUGGAUCUCUUUCUUUGGCCCUGCAGGAAUGAGACCCACUAGUAGGGAGAGAGGGCAGCUGGGUUCCUUUCCUAAGUCCUUUGGGCUUCCAUUUCUCCCCCUGGGACAGAGGUCCGAGGCCUUCCCUAGAGGGGAAGGCUGAGUGGGCGAGACCCGGGAUGCUGGCCAGGAAGGAGGGCAGAACAAAGCAUCUGGGCUGAGAGGGCUUACAGGGAGAGGAGCCAGAAGAGAGGAGGGUGUCGUUUUGAGGGAAGAACCUGGACCAGGAUGGAGAGGGGAGGAGCUGGGCUUCCUUUUGUGCCCGAGCUGACAACUUUGUCCUAAGCCUAAAUUGGAGAAAUGCUGGAUUCCAAUGUUUGGGGGCUCUUCGGGAUAUAUUUAUACCCAAUCCCAGGCACCCCUAGCCCUACGAGCUCGGGUCACUGCUGUAUAUCCUCGGUUCCCUUAAGGCAGCAACAAGCCCUGCCCCCGUUUUAUUCUCCUGCUGUCGGUAGCUUAGCAGCCUUUCAUUCCUGCUGCUCCUAGACUCUAUUCACUAACCUGGUCCUUGAGUGCGAAAGGGCCCCAGCACUUCCUGUGUCUGGUGUUUCAGCCUGCAUGUCUGUGUGCUACCCUCUCCUCCCAAGUGUCUGUCCCCCGCUCAGCUCACCUCGGCUGAUCUAGAGAGGCAGAAGCAGUCCGGACAUGAGUUACUGUAGGUCUUGAACUAGAACUUCCUUUCCCUUGCUUUCUCCCAUCUCCCUCAGAGGACACCUAGAGGUAGCGCCCCUUCCCCCCGCCUUGGGCCCAGCAAUGUCAGUGCCCCCUCAUUGUGGCCUCCACCUAUGCAACAUCAUUUCUGUCCCCAUAUCCCUCCUCACUGGAGGCUUGGGGAAGGACAGAUUCAGGAGGCACGGUUUCUGAGCAGCUUUUCUAGGUGUUAGAGCCUGGCUCUGAUUAGAUGGGUGUGUGGGCAUGUGCCUGUGUGUAUGCAUCGAGGGCUGAGAGGCCAUCCACUAGGUUUCUAUGGGAACUGUUCUCCCCAUCUUUCCCCCAUUGUCCAACCCACAGUCAACCCACGUCUGUACCCCCUUUCUCCUCCUGUCCCCUUGGUCUGAGCCAUCUCUUCAUCCCACCUAGAAGACAUGUCAGAUCUAGGUGGAGAGGCAGAGGAUUCUCUCCCCCCCCCCCCCAUACACUUCAUGGCCAGUCCCAUCCCCUUCUUUGUUGCACCUACUGUCAACUCGUGAAACAUCUUGUUUCUUCAGAAGGAAGGGAAAAAAACCAUUACACCCAUUCUCCUCAGAGAGGGCCUGAGUGGUCAUGGUGGAAAUGUAGAAUGCCCUUUGUCUGGAGCUGAGCCAAGCAAAGGGCAUCAGGACCUGGGCCUCUCAUUCCUUGCCUGUAUCCACCCCCCGCCUGGGGGGACACACACAUACAUACACACACAAAAAGGCAGACUUAGAGAAAUGAAUACUUUGGUUCUUGCUUGGUGAAUCUGAUUGGCAGGAGAAAUUCAAACCAGUGAAAUUAAUUAAUCUCUAAAAUUAAACCUUACACUGAAUGUUCUCAUUCCUCUGAUGAGGAAGUCUGCUAGCAGCACACACACAUGCACACCCACACAUUCACACUUGCACAGAGAUGGAACCGAACUCACAGAGGCAGGCACCCAGAUGGGCCGGGCUGCGGGACUCCCCCAUGCACACUCCCCACUGGUGCUCUGCUAGUCGCCGGCUGGGUGGCAGGCAGCUCCAGCCGUGCCUCCUCCAACGCCCUGCUCUGGGGCCUUGCCCGACUGACACAUCGGCGGCUUUCUGUCCGGGAGGGAGCUCACCUUUGUCUGGGCUUCCAGGACUGGGCGACAGGGUAACAGGAUGGGGAAGACUGUCAUUUCUCCAUUAGUUUCUUUGACAAAUACCAGGAGAGGCAGGAAGGGAAGAGCUUGUCUGUUUCCCAGCCCUCCCCACAACACAGGGUAGGUAGGUAGAGUGGUGGCAACCCUGGGAAGAGGGAGGUAGUGGGAUGCAGGCAUUUACUAGCUACACAUAUGGGGGAACAUCUGGAAAGCUCAGUGUGGUGGGGAUGAGGGCUAGGGGCUUCGGGGGGGGGUUAGGACAGUACUCUGUCUAUUGGGUGCAUCACGCUGUGGCCUUUUUGUAAAGGAUCUCCAAGUGAAAAGAUUGUACAAACCAAACGUGGAAAAAAUAAAGUUUUCAGAUGACUCACUGACUUCCCUCAA